CCCUGUUUUAAUUUCCAAGUCUCUGAAAAUUGUUCAUGACCAGCCAUGAACCCCUGAGACCUCAAGUGAUCGAUGAGCCCAGGCAAUAAAUUGAUGGAAAAACAUGCACUGUCAAAGCAACAGUGUGCGAGGAUGCAGGGUAAGGCAUGCAUGUAGACAGGAAGGCUUGCAGACGGGGCACAGGCACAAGUUAAAGGAAAGCAUUCAGCAUGGUUGCCAAAUGUGCUUGGCUGAAAAGUUCUGAGGGCCAUCAAGGUUGUCUCUUCCAGGGUCAGCCUGAAAAUGAAGUAUACCUAAACCCUUCAGAACAACUUGGGCAGAAUGUGUUUACUAAAAUACCGCAGCUCAAUAGGAUGCUGGCAGUACCCUUGUUUUACCAGUCUGUGGUUUCCAUUGCUGAAAAAGGUGUGCACCAGUGUGCCAGCCACCAGCCUGUUGGAUUUUUAAGUGACCAGAAAUGGGGGUUUUGUGGAAGGCUGUACAAAAAUGAAGGCAAUGCUUUGAGGAACUUUGAGGAGCAUCUGCUCAUUGGAUCAGGGCUAGGUAGAACUGACACGUUUUACCAGUGGAACCACAGGACACAGUGUAGUCCACUGACUGGAAUUUCAACAGAAGGAACAUUUGAAAAAAAAGUCAAAGGGUACAUACCAAGUUAUUUGGAUAAGGAUGAGUUGUGUGUUGUCUGUGGUGACAAAGCCACUGGGUAUCACUAUCGCUGUAUCACCUGCGAAGGCUGCAAGGGAUUUUUCAGGAGAACCAUCCAGAAAAACCUCCAUCCAUCUUAUGCCUGUAAAUAUGAGGGGAAAUGCAUAAUAGACAAAGUCACAAGAAACCAGUGCCAGGAAUGCCGUUUCAAAAAAUGCAUUGCAGUUGGCAUGGCAACAGACUUGGUUUUGGAUGACGGCAAGCGGUUAGCAAAGCGAAAGCUGAUAGAGGAAAACCGAGAGCGGAAGCGCCGCGAUGAGAUGCAGAAGACCGUUUGGAGCAAGCCUGAUCCCAGCCAGGAGGAGUGGGAGCUGAUCCGAGUGGUGACAGAAGCACACGUGACCACGAACGCACAAGGAAGCCACUGGAAACAGAAACGGAAAUUUCUGCCCGAGGACAUUGGGCAGGCUCCAAUAGUGAAUGCGCCAGAAGGAAGCAAAGUGGACAUAGAAGCAUUCAGUCAGUUUACAAAAAUCAUUACACCCGCAAUCACACGGGUGGUGGACUUUGCCAAAAAGCUGCCUAUGUUCUGCGAGCUGCCAUGUGAAGACCAGAUAAUCCUUCUGAAAGGCUGCUGUAUGGAAAUCAUGUCCCUCCGAGCAGCCGUGCGCUACGACCCAGAGAGUGAGACAUUAACACUCAAUGGGGAGAUGGCUGUCACCAGGGGGCAGCUGAAAAAUGGAGGCCUUGGCGUAGUGUCGGAUGCUAUCUUUGACCUCGGCGUGUCUCUCUCCUCUUUUAACCUGGACGAUUCAGAGGUUGCUUUGCUUCAGGCUGUAAUUCUGAUGUCUUCAGAUCGUCCUGGUCUUGCAAGUGUGGAGACAAUUGAAAAAUGCCAAGAACAGUUUCUUCUGGCAUUUGAGCACUACAUAAACUAUCGCAAACACAACGUCUCUCACUUCUGGCCCAAACUCUUGAUGAAGGUGACAGACCUGCGCAUGAUCGGAGCGUGCCAUGCCAGCAGGUUUCUGCACAUGAAGGUGGAGUGCCCUACAGAACUUUUCCCCCCGCUCUUUCUGGAAGUGUUCGAAGACUGAGAACAAGUGGAAUAAAGAAAUAAAAGUCUGCUUUUCGGCAACCGUUCUGAACUGCUUUUAGCACUACUGAAUGUUAUUUCUUUCCAUAGUGUAGGAUAGUUUCUGGAUGAAAACAUUCCUUUAAUGCGGGUACAUGUGAAUAUCGAGUUUCUCUUGUAGAGUAUAUGUUGCUAAGUAAUUGUGAUUUUUUUUGUUUGUUUUUGUUUUGUGUAGUCUUUUACUAGUAUGUGGUCAUCAGAAGAAACUGAGAAUUAAAAAUCAUUAGCAUGUGGUUUGUGAAUUACCAGAACAUACCCACAUUAUGCAGAUGUAUUUAAGAAGUCAAUCUGCCGUAUGAUUCCACCUCCAUUCAACCAGUACCCACCCCCAAAAUCCUUUCCUGUUUUGCACAAACACAGACAAAAAAAACAACUAACACUAUUUUUCUGAAUACACAUACUAAGUGUGUACCAAAAAAAAGCCAUAUUUUCCCUGUGAUUCUAGUAACUGCUAGAAAACUAGCUAACAAAACCUCUGUUUGCAUCAGACAAUUUGCAGAUAUAUUGGUAACAUCCUCUUGUCUUGUCAGUGUACAUACACACCUGACAAUUAUCCAGACUGGCAAUUUAGUGCCCGCAGCAAUACUAAACCCUGAAACGUAUUUCUUUUUAACGCAAGUAGUGAAGAAAUAUUCUCUUCUCUGACUUUAAAAAGCAGUUUGAAUCUUUUUCUUUACAAAAACUGUAUUUUAUUAUCAACUGUUUGAGUUAACUAUUUGCUUAUUGCUAAAGUACAAAAAUCUAAAACUUUAUGGUGCCAAAUAUGGGAGAGUGAAUAUUUCAGCUCCUAAAAACAUUUAUGCACACUGGCCCAGGUGGUGUGCUUUGACCUGUUUUAUUAAAAAGGUCUCAUUGCUUGUUUGAUCAGCCAGGAUGUAACAGACGAAUACGCAGUUCAGUUUACUAUUGCUCAUGUAUAUUAGUGUGGCUGCCGACCACUACUUGCCAGAUAACCUUCAUGCAGUAGAGUGUUAAUAUUCAUGUAUAGGAACUCUAAAUUCCAUGUGUCAUAUUUUUCUAAAUGUAUAAAUCAUAAUGGAUUUAUUAAGGCAGUGCUUCUGCCAAUGCUGAGUUUAGUUUUUUUUUUUUUUUUUUUUUAAAUGGCUAAACAUAAUAUACCAUUAUUCAAGAUUAUUUGUUCUGAGAAUUUUAACCAGCAAAGCAUGGCUAAAUUAAGGACAUAAUAUACUGUACCUUGGGUUAACAAAGCACUCUGUAGCUACAUUUUUAUAUCAAAGAUGUAGCAUUUUUUUAUCCAGCAAAAUCUUAAUUAUCCUAUGCAUUUUAUUAAAUCAAAUUGAGGGAGGGAGGGGUCUGUAAGAUACAGACUGGUAUUGUUUUGUAACAGGUUUGAGAUUGAUAAGGGGGCAUUAUCUGGCUGCUGACAAGUCGAUUUCUUUAACUGAGUGCAGCUGCUGUUUGCAACCCCCAAGGUCUACAGACCUGAUGGCUGCUAAUGUAAUAUUACCCUGUUAUAAGAAUGAAAAAAUGGUUAAACUGGUAUGGAUUUUCACCAUCUCAGUUUAUUUAUUCCUAAAAGCCGCUUUUGAUUUACGUUUAAUUGAAGAUGGCUUUUAUAACACUAGAACAACAUUAUGAGAAUGUUUUGUUCACUGGCAACUGCACACAUAUGUUUUAAUGCACAGACAAUCAGACAGUAAAGCUAAGAGGUGUUUCACAUGGUUAAAUGUAACCAUAAAAUGUAAUAUAUAUUUAUAUAGCAAAUGAAAAAAAAAACACUAUUUAGGUAUCAGUGAUGUAAUGCAUGUGUUGAAUUGUUGAUCAAAGAAUGUUGUAUAUUUUGGAUAAAAAAAAAAAUGUUUAAAAGGCCAAUGUGGGUAUUGGCUUUUAAAGCAUUGAGUUACUCAAAAUAUUCAAAAUGCACCAUGAAAAAGCUAUUUUACAAUAUUGAGGAUAAAGGUUUGUAUAUUUUCCAAAGCAGAAGUUAUUUUCUACAGAUAUUUUAUGCAUAUAAUGGGCUCUUCGAUGAGAUCUUUUCAUGAGUUUUUAGUAUAUGAACAUUAUACAGAUCAGAUACGUGUUCAUUUUAAAUUCAUCAAUAUUUGUUUCCAAUCUUUUUUAGCAUUCCAGAAAAAAAUGGGUAUUGUACAAGGCUAUCAAAUAGUGUUGGUUUUCAAACUAAAAAACAAACAAUUUGACAGCUGUGAGGCUUGCCAGGAUCAAAACUAAUAAAGUUGGGAUUAACAGUUACAUUGUUAAACCAUCGCACAAGAGGAUCUGAGAUAAACUCUUUACUAAGUGGCUCUAGCACCUCCUUACAGAAACCCUUGGAUUUUACCAGCCAUAAAACUGAGAUCCAGUUUAGCAAAACAGCAAUCCUAAUAUUUGAGUGUAAAAUUAUAAAUGCUAAUUGUUUUGUACCAAAUAAAAUACUUUGUUGCACAGGCAUGUUGGUUUACAGCAAUGUUAGAAAUGAUAGUUGUAACGCAUUGGGGUUGAACAGUUAAGUAUAAAGUUGCACUAUUAAGAAUUCUUUGUUUGCACUUAAAUGUAAAUUGGCUGUGAAAAUAAAGAUGGAUUGGAAAACA